AGCCCGCAGCGGCGGCAGUCUCCGUCUUGCUUUCACAAGGAGAGAUCGCGCGCCCGCAGCUCUUUCCUUGCCUACCUACACCACACAAUAAUGCAGCGUGUAUGCUCUUGCAGCGCAGCUAUGGAGAUUUCGCGCCUCAACGCUCAAGCCAAAACAGGCAGCCUGCGCACCAACGUCCUCGGAGAAAAGCAGGAAGCAAAGAGUGCGCAGUGCGAGCCCCGAGUACGGGAUUGGAUGUGAGGAACUGCGCCGCUGCACCGACUUCCUGUCAACGUAGAUGCUGCAAAUUCCACUGCGUUGGAUUUCAAAUGCGAGAAUUGUGAAAAGAUGCCAACUCAGAAAACCCAACAACAUACCGGUACAAUCCUCAUUCUACAGCUGGUUUAUAUCUGCAAAGAGCAUCGAAAAAGUGACGGAACCCCAUCAACUCAUCAGACGUUCAGACUAUAUAAUACUUAUUAGAUUAUCUACGCGCUCUUUUCGACAUUCCUCGUUUCGGUUCGGUGUUCCAGUUCCGGACGUUUCAAGAUGCUGGCGGAUCUGCGCGUGUGGUGCGCCGGGGGGCAUCAAGUGCGGUGCUUGAAAAUUAACCUAGCUUUCUCUGCUUACUCUUUUAAUUUAAUCAUUUCCAAGUUCGAGUAAGAAAAUUUAUUCAUCUAAAAAUAAAUCAUGAACCACAUAGGACAACAGUUUUUGAAAGUUUUGAAGAACGAUCUAACAAACAAAAGCUUAUUAUGUGCUCGUGGAAGAACUCUAUCAUACAAAAGCGCUUAUAGCUUGGAAAAUCUGUAUCCAAAAAGCAAUUUAAAUUUGAGUUCACCAAAUUUUUUAGCCAAAGAUCCAUCUGCAAAGUUUAGCGGGUAUAUUCCUAUAAAAGAAAUAGAUGUGACGUAUUCCAGCAGUAGUGGUCCAGGAGGUCAGAAUGUUAAUCGUGUCAGCACAAAGGUGGAUUUGAGAUUCAAAGUCGAGGAUGCAUCCUGGUUGUCCAAUGAAAUAAAAGAAAAAUUAUUGGAAAAGCAUCCAAAUCAGAUAAAUAAAAAUGGAUAUUUAAUAAUCAAGUCUGAUCUGACAAGAUCGCAGCAAUUAAAUUUAGCCGAUGCUUUACACAAAUUGAGACAAAUGAUUAGAAAUCUCAUUGAGGUGCCAUCUGAACCAUGUGAAUUGACACAAGAGAAACACAGGAAGAAGCAGAUAAAGGCAGCUCAAGAGAGAGUAUUUGCUAAGAGAAGAAGAUCGCAAACAAAAAGUGAUAGACAGGGGCCAAGCGUGUACGACAGCCUCUAGUAGUUUCUGUACAUAUGCCGUUCGAAAAUACACAUUGAUGACAUUUCAUAAAUACCUUCAUUAUCUAAAAUAAAUAUAACCAUUGAAAAAUUAAUCAAGUCCAAUACGUGAUUCAUUGAUUGCUUGAAACUCCCAUUUUUUUUGCUGGCAUUAAACUGCAGCAACAACUUGAGUUUAAAGGUUAAUAGGUGCAGCUGCUAUCGCUUCAAAAAAAUAACCAUGGCAACAUACAAUGCCUUAAGAAUGAAAACAUUAGAAUAUAUGUAUCCAUAUGUGUGUGUUGUUGCAAGUCCCACUGGCAUCGGCAGUUUAAGUAUUGUGGAUAAAUAUACAAUUAGUAUUACAAAAAUGUCCUUUCGCGAUUUAAGAAGUAAAAGUUUAUAUAAUAUAGCAUUGAUGCUGAAUUACUACUCACUAGCACGUGAACUAAUCUAUUUUCAUAUGCUUUCUGAUUCUAUUUCAACAGAUUUCACUGAAAUGAUGCGAGUUUUGGGCUACCCAAGAUUAAUUUCUCUAUCUAAUUUCCAACAACCUAAUUUUCCUUUAGUAGCAGAAAUACUCGUAUGGCUUGUUAAACGAUUUGAUAAUGAUGCCAAUGUACCCAAAGAACACAGCACAGAACAAGAACGUAUUGCUCUUAUUCGUUAUGCUGCUGAAUUCAUGAUCAAAACUGUAAAUAUACGACUGAAUCCAAAAAAACUCUACAUGGCUGAUGGCCACGCAGUAAAAGAACUAUUAAAAGUAACCUUUUUACUUUACGAAGCGCAGUUGCAAAGUACAAAUGAUCUAUUACAGUCUGAUAAUGAAACUAGUGUAAAUUUUGAUAUCACUGAUCGAUUGAGCGAUUUAAAAGCUACAAGGCAACUGGCUAGUCAACUGACAAUCAAUGGAGCAACCCUCUACGACUUACUCGGAAGAGAAGUAGAACUACGUGAAAUUCGCAACUCUAAAGUAGCUAAUCAGUAUGAUGCUUCAGAGAUUGAAGUAGCUGUAAAAGAAGUCAUUCAAAGCACUAAAAAGGAGAUUGAUGAAACUAAAACUCAGAUUGAAAAUGUGAAGGAUACAGAACAAAAUUUGGAUACACGAAUUGAGAGACGUCAAACAGAAUUAGAAAGAAAUCAGAAAAGGCUCCAAACUUUACGAAAAGUUCGACCUGCUUUCAUGGAAGAAUUUGAGAAGCUCCAAGUUGAACUGAAAACUUUGUACGAUGAUUACCUUCAGAAAUUUCGCUACUUGGCAUACCUAGAACAUCUAUAUGAAGAUGCAGCCAAGGUGGAACAAGAGAGAUUCGAACGAAGGCAGGCGGCAACUAAAAAGCAAUUGGAGCAAUUACGCAUUGAUGAUGCUAACAUUGAUAGCAUUAUAGAGGGUAACGAUUCUAUAUUCAAUACAAAUUUGCAGAAUUCACUUGCUCUUGGCGAGGGGGAGAGAAAACCUUCUGAAAAUGCUAAUCCAGACGCAAGAAAAUCAGCGAGGAUGAAUAUCACACAACGGAGAUUGUAUGGAAGCAUGUCUGGUAGACGUCAACGCGGCGGCGCUGGCGGAACGAUUCGUGAACCAAACGGAAGCGUCGCAUCUUCCGACUCAGACAGUGACUUAUUAAUCGACAAUAUUGAUGACGACGACGACGAUGAUGAUUUGCUGAAUUCAGUUGACCCUGCAAUGGACGACUUCAAUUCCAAACAUAAUAAUGAAGAAAAACGGGCAAUGAGCAAGGUAGACCAUACCGACGAUGAAUUCUAAUGAAAGUGGCUGGGUGUAAGUGAAAAAUCAUUGCAGGCUUUUCAUGUUACUUUUUUCAUUUUAUUAAAUACCAGUAGAGAAAUAAUUAUGAAUACAAGUACAUUCUUUCAUUUUUUCUAACAAUUCAAGUUGGGAUAACAACAAAACUUGAACGACUUGGCGCAGUUUGUAACAAGUGCGUGUUUCGAUGAUCGAUAUGCAAAUUACAGCACCAAUUAAAUCUAGUCUCUCGUUGCUUUGAGUGUAAAUUAAAACCGCGUUUAAAAUAUACAUGAAAGUAGAAGGUUUGACGUCAAGGAUAGCUCCACUUAUGUACAGAUUGCUUGUAUAUGUUGAUAAUAUAAAAACUGGUGCGAUAAUAUAAACAUCAUUUAAACUUUCAUAAAUAAAUCAUUACAAAAUUUUAUGAAAUUACUGUAUAAAUUUUCAACUAAAAUAUAAUAUUAUAUAAAAUAUUAACGGUUACGAUGUAAAAACUAUUUCUUUUAUAUCGCAUAAUGGCAAUAAGAAGAGACGAUCAUUCACUUGUUUUUAUUUCCGUGUCCUUUUUUUAUUACGAUUUAAUUAUUAUGUUAAAAGAAAAUUCAUACAAUGCAUUUACUAAAUUUUGUACAUAAAUUUACAAAUAUUUCACACAUUUUUCGUAGCGAUUUUGCACCAUAUUGAAUUACUUAAUACGCAGUCAAAAUGACUAUAGCUGUCUUUUUGUGAAUACAUUAUUGAGAUCUAUAUAAUAUGAGAGGCUCCUUUAUCGGUGAUAUUCGCGACGUCGACGUAGCUAAUUGUAUAAUGAAUAAAGAAACAUUAAAUAAA